GUUGGAGAUUACUACAUACAAUACUGCUUGGCGAUAGCUGCAACAUUAACUUGAAGCGAAGAUGUUAAGCAGAUUCUGGGGUCUUUUCGUUGUGAAUGACGUGAGCCGGGUAUCUGGAUUUUGUUUGCUCAGGGUUGGAGUUGUUCAAAGGAAAGAUCCGAAUGAUAACAGGAGGUUGUUUCGCAUUGGAUGCCAGUUGCCAGUCGUACGUUGGCGGUGACGGCGGCGAUCAGAAGCACCGCUAUUCCUUGGCAAGCGCUAUGUUGUGCGUCACUUAAUCACCACUACAGGCUUUGUACAGAGGCCAAAUUGAUGGUUCAAGUUCUUCAGAUCGAUCAGCCUAUUAUAUCAGCGGAUAUUUUUGCCUCACCUAAUUAUGUGCUGAACGGUUGCCAGUACCUGCUAAACAUUUGGUCUAGAUGGGUUGCUGUGAUAGCAAGAGCUUCGAGUUCUGCAGCUAGUUGUGCAUGAAGCAACGGCUCCGUUUGCCCGACCAUAAUUAAGAACUUUGGCAAAUCGAUGAUGUCAGACAUGGUCGCG